AUGGCCGACGAACGCGAUUUCGCCGUGGACCUCGGGUCCGACGAGGGCAGUUCCUCCGUAGAAGCUGUCCCUCACCCCGGACUCCCGCAUCAUGCCUCAACCCCUUCCCUCCGGUCUAUACCUCGCGAUCCAUCUACAGGCAUGUCCGCCUCAUCCACCCAUCUGGGUCAGGUCAACGCCGCGCGGCGGGCUCCCAGCACCCCGCCCCGCCCCCGCCCACAGCCCUCGAUGAGCGGGCAGCCAGUGGGCGGACUGAACCAGGAUAUCAUGGCCAAAAUGAAGGCGUUUUCCCUCUCUCGACAAGGCGCCAAGUUGCCACAUACCUCCUCGACAGGAACGAUACCCAGCUCCCACGAGUCUGGUGCGGGCGGUGCCAUCUCCGGUCGCAUGCCAUCCAACACCAGAGAUUGGGCCUCUUCGCCAGCGAUCGCACCGGUGGCCAGUCCAGCAUCGCCGCGACCGGGUGGAUUGGCUGCCAAGCGUAUGAAACCUGGCCUCAAGCUCUCUGAUGUCACCGGACCCUCGACCCCGACACCGGACGCGAAUGCGAACAGUACGGAAGAAAAGCCCGAGGAGCAGAAUGGAGGAGAGUCAGCUUUCAGCAAAUAUGCCGAGUUUAUCGAUACCAAAGCGGGAACGUUGAACUUCAAGAACAAAGCAAUCCUGCACGGCGGCGGUGUCGAGUUCUCCUCCGGUCACAGUUUCAAGAUUUCUCUGGAUGAAGUCGAUCGCUUGGAUGAGUUGGGCAAGGGCAACUAUGGUACAGUUUACAAGGUCCGACACAGUCGACCGCAUCUGCGGAAACCGGGCAUGGGUUUAGGCGGAAUUGUUAGUCGGCCAUCCGGCGACGACUCUAGCUCAGACAAGCAAACCAGCGAUUUGUCCGGUGUGAUUAUGGCGAUGAAAGAAAUUCGGCUGGAGUUGGACGAGGCGAAAUUCGCACAAAUUAUCAUGGAAUUGGAUAUCUUGCAUCGUUGCGUCUCCCCAUUCAUUAUCGAUUUUUACGGUGCUUUCUUCCAAGAAGGCGCGGUCUACAUGCGUGGUGUACCUGAGAACAUCCUCCGCAAGGUGACACUUUCCACCAUCAUGGGUUUGAAAGCGCUCAAGGACGAACACAAUAUCAUUCAUCGCGAUGUCAAGCCGACUAACAUCUUGGUCAACACCAAGGGCCAAGUCAAGAUUUGCGAUUUCGGAGUCAGUGGAAACCUCGUUGCCAGUAUCGCCAAGACCAAUAUUGGAUGCCAGAGCUACAUGGCGCCAGAGCGAAUCGCUGGCGGUGGGAUGCAACAGUCAGGAGCACCGAGUGCUGGAACCUAUAGCGUGCAGAGCGACAUUUGGAGUUUGGGGUUAUCGAUCAUCGAGUGCGCCAUGGGACGCUAUCCCUAUCCGCCGGAGACAUUUACCAACAUUUUCAGCCAGCUUCACGCAAUCGUUCACGGUGACCCUCCCACUCUUCCGGAAACCGGCUUCUCCGAGGAUGCCCAUGCAUUCGUUCGAGCUUCCCCGACUGAAGCCGAGGGCCAGGAGGCACUUCCGCCAUCAGAAAACGCGACCGAGGGACGUUCAUCCUCCUAUAUGACCGAAGACAAGGAAGUCGCUGAAUGGGUCCACAAGCAACUCAAACUCCGCGAGAGUGGGCAUUUCCAAAAUUCGGAGAAGCCCGCUCUUCACGCCGUGGCUCUGGACAAGGUUGCCACGAGCCCGAUUCUCGAAGACCCCAGCGCUCCGGCACCGACAGACUGA